AUGGGACAAAGAAAUAGAUCAGUCGAUUUAGAAAUGGAGCAGCAGCAGCACCAAUCUCAAGCCUCUCUCCAACCAGGACCUUGCCUCCUUUUAGGCAGCUUUCCUCAACCGGAUAAUAAUAACAUACCUGCCAUGGUUCCUAAUUCUCUUCAAGACAACUCGGCAAUGUUCUAUGGUCUUCCUCAGUACCAUUAUCAUCACCAGCCUGCUCCCACCAAUUACUAUGCUCCUCCCUAUGUGGCAUUUCAGGCUCAACCACCAAGUCAGUUACCAUCUUCUAGCAGUCACGGUGAUCAUGAUUUCGAGAGGAAUGCUCGUUUUAUGGAUCACACACCAGGUGCUUAUAAAAGAAAGAACGCUGAAGGUCCUCAGUACUUAAGUACUUUAGCAGCUCCAUUCAAUAACAGUCCAGGAGCUGUUACAAUGAACCCUGUUAUUCCACCUCCUCCUCCUCCUCAUGCUCCAAACAGUUUCGUUCAAGGGAACUAUGCUGGUCAUCAUCCUUACCCACCUCCUGGCUCAAUAUGGUAUGAUCAACACCAUGGCAGACCUGAUGGUUCACCUUCCUUUUGGCCACACGCACCUUACAUGCAAGGUAGUAACAUUGUCGCUGGUUCCAUAGAGUCUAGUAGUAGAAACCCUGCACCAUUCAUGUAUCCUUCUCAGUUAAACCCAAGGGACCAUUAUUAUAGUCAUCAUCAUCAUCAUCCGGCACCUCCUCCUGUACGAGGUCAGAGCGCCACAUUAUACCCUCCCAUGGCUUCUUCGCCCUCAUACAGAGUCCCUUUUGGGAACUUUGCUCCUCAGAACACAAUCAAUAGUGGUCCAGAAAUGGGUUCAGCUCAACCAACAGGGUUUCGGAUAUACCAGCAUCAUCAGCGAGAUGAUUCUGUACCUUUAGCAGCUCUUAGACAACACCGUGGAGGAGUUCCUCGGUUUAGAAUGAUGCCUGAUGAUGAGCUUCUUGCGUUAAGUGAGCGAAUUGGAACCGUAAACACUGGUUUACCAGAGGAAGAUGUUAAGAACCAUCUAAAAACAAGAACAUGUUCUGUAAUCAACCUUGGAGAUGAGUCCUCUUCGUCUCCACAAACUAAAGAUAGAGAAACUGAACCUUGCACGAUAUGUCAGGAAAGCUUCAAGAACGAAGAAAAGAUUGCUACUUUGGACUGUGGGCAUGAGUAUCAUGCGGAAUGCUUGGAGAAAUGGUUGAUUGUGAAGAACGUUUGCCCAAUCUGUAAAUCAGAAGCAUUGGUCAUGGAGAAGAGAAACGUAUAAUAGAAAAGAAGAAUGACUUCUUUUAAUCUAAUGGGUUUAUUAUAUAUAUAUUUAUAUAAAAAGGGAACUUACAUGAAGAGAAGAAAACAGAGUUUGGUUUUAUAUUUCAGCUCCAAAAGGAUUCUGUAAAUUUGUACAUUUUUUGUUUGUGCACAUAACAAUGUGUGAAUGGUCAAAAACUUUCUUUUUAUUUGGGUUCUUGGCUAAAGUGAUACUGAUAAAAUGUACAGGCUAAUUUGUUUUUCUAGGUUAUUUCAUUUUUUAUGUUUUCUUGUUUCAAAUGCCUAUGGUUUUAUUAUAUGUGUUGACCUA